GUUUGUUUCUCUUAAAAAAGCAUUGACCUACUUUCCCCAGAUUACCUUGCCUUUUAAGCACUCUUUUCCCCAUUUUUCAUGCUUCUUUUACUCACCCUUUUAGACUCCCAACUACUCCCUCUGCGCACCUCCUUUGAUCCAGACAACCGACUAGCAUGCUUGAAUGUCCAGAGACAGGGAGAGAUUUGAUGAGAUAGGAAAGAAGAUCAAGACAGAUGCAUCUUCUCAAAUGGGGAGGAGACAUCUGUUAGGUCCUCCUGGAACCUUGAAUACUGUCACGCCUUGUGCUGCAUGUAAACUCUUGAGGAGAAGGUGUGCUGAAGAGUGUCCGUUCUCUCCUUAUUUCUCCCCUCAUGAACCCCAGAAAUUUGCUGCUGUUCACAAAGUUUUUGGUGCAAGCAAUGUCUCCAAGAUGUUAAUGGAGGUGCCAGAGAGCCAAAGAGCCGAUGCAGCGAAUAGUCUGGUUUAUGAGGCAAACUUGAGGUUGAGAGAUCCUGUAUAUGGGUGCAUGGGUGCAAUUGUAACUUUACAGCAACAAAUGCAGACUUUGCAGGCAGAACUGAACGCAGUAAGAGCCGAGAUACUCAAAUACAAAUUUAGAGAAGCUACUAGUAGUAACAUCAUCCCUUCUAGUCAUGCUGCUUUAAUUUCUUCUGGGGCGGUAUCAAUUGCUGCUCCACUAUCACCUCUUCCUCCAAUCCCUCCACCUCCUCCACCUUCCAUUGUUGUCUCCUCAGCUUCCUCAUCUUCCACAUCUUCUCUAUAUACACCGCCAACUAGUGCAGCGGGCUAUAGCUCCAUUUCCUGUGAUAAUGUUCCAUACUUUGAUUAAUUUUAUAAGUCAUAAUCCGAAUUUUUUUUCUUCGUUCAGUAAUAAAAAUGAUUAUUGAUAGAGUAGACAGCUAAUGAGAUAUUGUAUUGGGAUGUUUUAGCUUCUUUUUUCCUUUUCGUACAUUGAUCGAGAUACCGUAUGUGGGAAAAGAAAUGAAAACUUGGGAAAUCUUAUCAUACUUGUUAUCAGAUUUCAAGUUUUUAUUUCUUUUCAAAUACUUUGACCAAAGUAAUUCUUUGUUCUAUCUUCGCUACCCAUAAUUGAAUUUCUCCCUCUUUCAUGGUUUCAAUUCAUUUGCGAGGCCUUUGGCUGAGAGAAAAUACAUUAUAUUUCUUCACUUCCUCUCCUGAAAUUCAAAUGUUCUGAAAAUGUCAAUCCAUCGUUCAAAUGAAAACCAAGCACAGCAAAAGUCAUCAGAAUCCACCAAGGGGAAAAGAAUUCACGAAUUGGGUUGGCAUUGGAUGAAAUUCAACCACGCAAAUGGAGGCUUCAGCUUAACAGUGACUGCAAGAGGUGUGCGGUUUCCGCUAUCCGACGCUAGCCAUGAUUCCCUCAAGAUCUAAGGUUGAUCAUUCACACGUGCAGGUAAUAUGCUCUGGUAGUUUGACUAAGCCUUAGGUCUACCUCCCUCAUGUUUGUUUGUGCCAUCCGAGGGCCUGAAAUAACUUGUUUAUGGAACGUGCAAGGGGAGACAGAAAGUAUUGUGAUGGCGAUUCUCCCCAUGUGAAAGUUGAAAAGUUGCAAUCAAUUCGGAAUAUUGUCAUUAAGCUCACUGUCCCCAUUUUCCCCCCAAUGUAAAUUACCUUAUUAGCCUUUCUUUGCAGUGCAACAGUCUGGAGAUUUGAGUC